AUGGUGGACCCUGUGGGGUUUGUAGAGGCUUGGAAAGCACAAUUUGCAGACUCUGAGCCUCCUAAAAUGGAGCUGAAAUCAGUGGGAGACAUUGAACAGGAACUGGAGAUGUGCAAAGCAUCUAUCCGGAGACUGGAGAUGGAGGUUAACAAGGAGAGGUUCCGCAUGAUUUACCUGCAGACUCUUCUGGCAAAGGAGAAAAAAAGCUAUGAUAGACAGAGAUGGGGUUUUAAACGUAUUUCUCAGUUGCCUGAAGGGGGUGCAGAGCAGCAGAUCCAGGACCUGCAUCAUCACCAGUCUGCUGACCAAGACGAAUAUGAAAAAAGCAAGUCACAUCAUGGGGAGGAAAAGUUCAAACCCAGGAUACCCUCUAUGCGGAAGCUGUCUACUCAGAGUGAUGGGUCAGACCUGUCACCUUUGGACAGCCCCCACCAUGGAGAAGGAGAGCAGGACAGGUGUAAGUACUAUGGCGAAGAGAAACUGAAGAGAGUUGUAGAAGACAUGGAGAAUCGCUGUGAUACAGAUAGCUCUCCUUCAAAACACAGAUCAGCUUCCGCUCGCAGACUGGUGGGAUCUGCUGAGAAGGAGGGAUCAUUCGAACCUAAGGAGAGAGGGAACAGCACCAGUGUGGCAGCCCUAAGGUCCAAUUUUGAGAGAAUGAAAAAGGUUAAUUCACAUUCUUCUGGAGAUAACAAGGAUGUUGUUGAAAAGCCCUUUUAUGUGAACAUGGAGUAUCAUCAUGAGAAGGGUCUAGUAAAGGUCAACGAUAAAGAUGUUUCUGAUAAAAUAAGCUCCCUUGGUAGCCAAGCCAUGCAAAUGGAACGCAAAAAGUCUUUGCAUUCUCUCCCUUCUAACAUGGUACCCAGCUUCAGCGAGUUCCAGAGGCCUGCCUACAGGGGGAGGUCCUCAGAGAGCAGCUUUGGCUAUGAUGGAGAAUAUGAGGAUGCUGAACUGAACCCCAGGUUUCUUAAAGAUAACCUGAUUAAUGCCAAUGGCAGCAACCGCUCACCUUGGCAGCCCAUGGACUUUCAGCCGUAUCAGAGUAUCUACGUUGGUGGGAUGAUGGGGGAAGGAGAAGGAAAAGGACCUAUUCUGCGAAAUCAAGGCCAACCUGACCAGGAAAAACAUCUCACGUGGCCCAGGAGAUCUUAUUCCCCCAGGAGUUUUGAAGAUAUUGGAGGAGGAUAUACUCCUGAUUGUAGCUCUAAUGAGAACCUUACCUCCAGCGAGGAAGACUUCUCCUCAGGACAGUCCAGCCAUGUCUCCCCCAGCCCCACCACUUACCGCAUGUAUCGGGAUAAAAGCCGUUCCCCCUCCCAGAACUCUCAGCAGUCUUUUGACAGCAGCAGCCCACCAACCCCCCAGUCUCAGAAACGGCACCGGCAGCAGCAGGUCAUCGUUUCUGAGGCCACUAUUGUGGGUGUACGGAAAACAGGACAGAUCUGGCCAAGUGAUGGAGAUUUGCCUUCUGGGAGGUGUCACCAGGACAGCUGUUUCCACGGGGAUACAGAUGCCCCGUUCGGGGGGACCCCGCCAGGCUACGCGUACGAUGCUGACCGCGCCGAGGAGCAGAGGCGGCACCAUGACAUGAUGCCCUACAUCGACGACUCGCCGUCCUCCUCGCCGCACCUCAGCUCCAAGAGCCGCGGCAGCCGCGACACGCUGUCCUCGGGCUCUCUGGAAUCCACCAAAUCCAGUGAGCCAGACCUGGAGAAGGGCCUGGAGAUGAGAAAAUGGGUCCUGUCAGGAAUCCUAGCCAGUGAGGAAACCUACCUGAGCCACCUGGAAGCCCUGCUGCUGCCUAUGAAGCCUUUGAAAGCUGCUGCCACCACCUCCCAGCCUGUGCUGACCAGUCAGCAGAUUGAGACAAUAUUCUUCAAAGUGCCUGAGCUCUAUGAGAUCCACAAAGAAUUCUAUGAUGGGCUCUUUCCCCGAGUGCAGCAGUGGAGUCACCAGCAGCGUGUUGGGGACCUCUUCCAGAAACUGGCCAGCCAGCUGGGAGUGUACCGGGCCUUUGUGGAUAACUAUGAAGUUGCUAUGGAGACAGCAGAGAAAUGCUGCCAAGCCAAUGCUCAGUUUGCUGAAAUCUCUGAGAAUCUAAAGGCCAGAAGCACAAAGGAAUCUAAAGAUCAGACGAUGAAAAAUUCCUUGGAAACUCUGUUGUACAAGCCAGUGGAUCGAGUGACCCGCAGCACACUUGUCUUGCAUGAUUUGCUCAAGCACACUCCUGUGAGCCACCCUGACCAUCCCCUGCUGCAAGACGCUCUGCGGAUCUCACAGAACUUCCUCUCCAGCAUCAACGAGGAGAUCACUCCUCGCCGGCAAUCUAUGACUGUCAAGAAAGGGGAGCACCGGCAGCUACUGAAGGACAGUUUCAUGGUGGAGCUGGUGGAAGGGGCUCGCAAGCUACGUCACGUCUUUCUUUUUACUGAUCUCUUCCUGUGUGCCAAGCUCAAGAAGCAGAUUGGAGGAAAAAGCCAACAGUAUGACUGCAAGUGGUACAUCCCGCUCACUGACCUCAGUUUCCAAAUGGUGGAUGAGUCUGAGGCAGUGCCCAAUAUCCCACUGGUACCUGAUGAGGAACUGGAUGCCAUGAAGAUCAAGAUAUCCCAGAUCAAGAAUGACAUCCAGCGGGAAAAGAGAGCCAAUAAGGGCAGCAAGGUCAUUGAGAGGUUGAAAAAGAAGCUCUCGGAGCAGGAAUCCCUCCUACUGCUGAUGUCUCCCAACAUGGCCUUCCGGGUACACAAUCGAAACGGCAAGAGUUACACAUUCCUCAUUUCAUCGGACUAUGAAAGGGCAGAGUGGAGGGAGAAUAUCCGGGAGCAGCAGAAGAAGUGCUUUAAAAGCUUCUCACUCACAUCGGUGGAGCUCCAGAUGCUGACAAACUCCUGCGUGAAGCUUCAGACAGUCCACAACAUUCCCCUCACUAUCAAUAAGGAAGAUGAUGAAUCCCCAGGUCUCUAUGGAUUCCUGAACGUCAUUGUCCACUCUGCCACAGGAUUCAAGCAAAGCUCAAAUUUGUACUGCACGUUAGAGGUGGACUCUUUUGGGUAUUUUGUGAACAAGGCCAAAACAAGAGUUUACAGAGACACCACAGAGCCCAACUGGAACGAGGAAUUUGAGAUUGAGCUGGAGGGCUCCCAGACACUGCGGAUUCUGUGCUAUGAAAAGUGCUACAACAAAACCAAGCUCACCAAAGAGGAUGGAGAGAGCACAGAUCGCAUAAUGGGGAAAGGGCAGAUCCAGCUGGACCCACAAGCACUGCAGGACAAAGAUUGGCAGCGCACAGUGAUCUCAAUGAAUGGGGUGGAAGUGAAGCUGUCAGUGAAGUUCACCAGUCGGGAGUUCAGCCUCAAGAGGAUGCCUUCCCGCAAGCAGACGGGCGUGUUUGGGGUCAAGAUUGCCAUUGUCACCAAGAGAGAGAGGUCGAAGGUGCCGUACAUCGUGCGGCAGUGCGUGGAGGAGAUCGAGCGGCGCGGGAUGGAGGAGGUGGGGAUCUACCGCGUCUCCGGGGUUGCUACCGACAUCCAGGCUUUGAAAGCUGCCUUUGAUGUCAAUAACAAGGAUGUGUCAGUGAUGAUGAGUGAGAUGGACGUUAAUGCCAUUGCAGGCACCCUCAAACUGUACUUCCGGGAGCUGCCAGAACCCCUCUUCACAGAUGAACUGUACCCCAACUUUGCUGAGGGCAUCGCACUUUCAGAUCCUGUUGCAAAGGAGAGCUGUAUGUUGAAUCUGUUGCUAUCACUUCCAGAACCCAACCUUGUGACAUUCCUUUUCCUUCUGGACCAUUUAAAAAGGGUUGCUGAGAGGGAAAGUGUGAACAAGAUGUCCCUGCAUAAUCUUGCCACUGUCUUUGGACCAACACUGCUCAGACCUUCGGAGAAGGACAGUAAAAUCCCUGCUAACCCAACCCAGCCCAUCACAAUGACUGACAGCUGGUCGCUAGAAGUCAUGUCCCAGGUUCAAGUUCUUCUGUACUUCCUGCAGCUAGAGACUAUCCCUACCCCGGACAGCAAGAGACAAAGCAUUCUCUUUUCCACAGAGGUGUAG